CGCAGAAGUCAUGGCUGCACCUCCUGUUGUCAUAUGGAAGCAAGAAGUGCAGCGUCUGUUGCAUUGCAGAGAUCUGGUCCCCCGUCUGGAGGAGGCUUUGGGCAAAUUCUCCAGACGAGACAGCGCCGAGGUGAUCCAGCCUGUGCGCAGCAUACUUCCCCUGCAGAAACAUCACGGCUUUCUAGGAUUAAUGCCCACAUACAUGGAGAACGACGGGGUCCUGUCCACAAAGCUCGUGUGUUUCUACAACAGGGAGGCCGGCUCAACUCUGCCAGCAGCAACAGCCACAGUGAUGCUGUUGGACCCAGAGUUUGGGAAUGUAAAGGCUGUCAUUGAUGGAGAGGAUAUCACAAAAAUGAGGACUGCUGUGGUCUCAGCCAUCUCCGCUAAGCUGCUGAUGUGCCCUGGAGCAGAUGUCUUGGCCAUCUUGGGGACUGGCAAACAGGCCAUAGCUCAUUACAAUGUCUUCACAGAAAUGUUUCAAUUUAAAGAGGUGCGUGUCUGGAGCCGUACAAGACAGGGAGUGGAGAGGUUUUGCCGCUCCGCCAGUGGUCCGGUGACGGCAUGCGUCUCAGCGGAGGAGGCGGUGAGGGGAGCAGAUGCCAUAGUGACGGUAACCAGCAGUACAGAGCCGGUGCUCUUUGGUCGGUGGGUCAAACCAGGAGCCCAUGUGGCCGCGGUGGGAGCUUGCAGGCCAAACUGGCGAGAGCUGGACGAAGUGUUGAUGAAGGAGGCGGUGGUGUACAGUGACAGCAGGGACGGAGCAAUGACAGAGUCCGGUGACGUCAUCCUCUCUGGGGCUGAAGUGUUUGCUGAGCUUGGAGAUGUUAUUAAUGGGACAAAACCUGCACACAGAGAGAAGACAACCGUGUUCAAAUCUCUUGGAUUGGGAGUUGAAGAUGCGGUGUCUGCUCAGCUGGUUUUCCACCAAUGGAAAGCCAAAGCCGGUUUACCAUGAGGUGUCGUGUCAAUCCUGACCUGACCUCUUUGUUUGACAUUCAUAGCCGACCAGCUAAUCAAGAUCGAGGCAAUAUAAGACAGGACAAGAAAUAAUAUAGUUCAGUCCAAAUUGAUUUUACUUCAGAUUACCUAUCCUGAUAAAAAAGCCAUAGGGGACUUUAUUACACUGAUAAUGUAAACUUAAAAAUGUUAUAUAAUUCCACAAUAUCAUUAUAGUUUUCGAAGUAUGUAUGUAUGUUAUAUUAUAUAAUAUCAUCUAAUUUACAUUUUCACAUACUCGUAUCA